AUGGCAACCGAUGGAGGAGGUUGGAUUGUGUUCCAGCGCCGUGUUGAUGCCAGUGUGGAUUUCUUUCGAGAUUGGGAUGCCUACAAGCAAGGAUUUGGGGAUAUGAACGGAAACUUCUGGCUGGGGCUUGAAAAACUGCACAAGCUAGCGGCUCCAGGAAAGGGGGCCAUUCUUCGUGUUGACUUAAAACACAUGGAAUUCGAAGACAAGAAAUAUGCAAAGUACAGCUUAUUUGAGAUUUCUGGAGAAUUGGAUGGGUAUCGUCUGAAGGUGGGAGGCUACUCUGGAGAUGCUGGUGAUUCUCUGAGUUUCCAAAACGGCAUGAAAUUCACAACGAAGGACAAGGAUCAAGAUACUUAUUACAUCAAUUGUGCAUCAAAAUUUAAAGGGGCUUGGUGGUACAGUGCUUGCCAUUUGUCAAAUCUAAAUGGCCUUCAUCCUUCCUCUGGAAGUGGUAGUGCACUCACAGAAUAUAUGUCCUGGAAAGCGAUUAAAAACGAAUAUGGCAAAGUGACAUUCUCUGAGAUGAAAGUGAAGUAUCCGUAG